UUUUUUUAAAAAUCAAACUUCCUCUUACAGUUCUGUUGCGUGAGCGCUAACAGCGUGUGGCUUAUCCUCAUUAUAAAACACGGAAAUUUCUUUUACAUAUUUGAACGUAUAUCACCACUUUGCUCUUUCUACGUUGUGCGUUGAGUUGAUUGGGAAAUAGCUUCAUGACUUAUUUCGGAUUAUGACCUGUUCACACUACGACAUGUUUACAACGUCAGAGAGCCGGGGCAGGAAUCAUUGCUAUAUAAUGUCUGGAUAAUUUCCACUCCAUGUCAUCCGGUACCUUAACGACGACGUACAGUGCAUAUUACUUUAUAUUGACCCAUCUUGGUCAACUUGAUUCGCCAUCAAUGGUUACAUCAUUGGGAAAUGUAUAAAAAUCAAAGUAAUCGAUAUAUAAAACGGAUCACGACUUGAGUACUCUGGACUAAUGGACUUGAGUACUCUGAGAUAUGUCCUAACUUCGUGUGCUGUGGCCUGGAAUCGUUGCUCCAUACCAUUAACGGCACUGUCAUUUGGUACUUUGACAAAUACUAUGUAUAAUGUAUAUUGACUCAUCUUCCUUAAUUUAAAUGAUUAUCAAUCGACGACGGUCUCGGAAAACUCCGGAAUUGCAUGAAAAUCAGCAAACUAAUCCACGAAUGAAACUGAUCAUGACUGGUAUACUCUGAGAUAUGACAAAACAUCGCAGGCACAGACCUGGAAUCAUUGCUCUACCAGAACUACAUAAUCUCCCAUUCAUUGGGUACUUCGACAAAAACAGUGUAUAUUAGAUUCAGAUUCAGAUUACUUUAUAUUGACUCUUCCCGCUCCACUUGAUUCAAGUGCGAUCGGUCGAUGACGGUACUUUGGCAAAGAUAGUACUUAAUAUUACCUCAAUCUUGCUUAACUAAAUUCGUGAUCAAUCGAUGACCGGCUGGGGGAAUUCCGGAAUUGCAUAAAACAAGCAAACUAAUCGAUUGAUAAUUUGACUAUAAUGAAUGCGACAUGUUCAUGGCAAGACAUCGUACAUGCCCAGGCCUGGAAGCAUUGCUCUACAAGAACGAUGUCUCUUCUGACCCUCUCAUUUGGUAGUUAAACGGAACAUAUUACUUUAUAUUGACCAGUCUUGCUAAUCUCACGGUUAAUCAAUGACGGUACUAUGAUAAAGACCGUGCAUAGUACCUUAUAUUGACUCGUCCAAUUCAAUUUAAUACAUGGUCAAGCGAUCAGGCAAUGCAUCUUAAACAGGCAGACUAAUCUAUGUAGGAAUUAUAACACGGCUCGGCCUAUCUACGAUCCUAUUGGCUGAACUGAUUGCACCGGUUUACUUUUCCUGAACUUUUCUGGAGCUGAAAAUUCGAAAGUGAUGAAACACAUCGCAAGCACCGAAUUAUCAUCUAAUGACAAUUAGAAGAGAGCAAGAAGAACUAUCAUGGCAGAAGACGGCAGGAUGCCACCCCUGUCCAACAGGGACCUCAUCAAACUCACCAACGGGCUGGACCAAGACAAGUACUUCAGACUCGGUAGGGCCUUAGGAGUCGCAGAAGACAUUCUCGGCCAUCUGUGGGACCCAACGCAGAGGUCGUGUGCUUUGCAGAUGGUGCUCCUGUGGAGGGACGAUCUUGGGCCUGAAGAUGACCAAAGGGCACUUUUGAUCGAGAAACUUUUAGAAGCGGGACUGGAGGACCAACUAGAUAAACUAUUGAAUGCAUCGCCAGGGCCAACCCCGCCAUCUCCAGGUUAUUCUUACUUCGGAGCGACAGACACUUCUAUACCUUCAAGAACAAAUGCCCCCGUUUUACCAAUGAAACUGACCAAAAAGGGCACAGAGAAUGAUAAGCUAUCCUCUCCGGCAAUGGGUCAUAGCUAUAGCGAAACUGUUGCUGCUAAGCCAGAGCCAGAAAGCCAUACUUCUAGGCCAGGGCACACUGGAGACCAGGGAUCUGGACAAGACUUUGAAGGUCGGUCUUAUGAUGAAGAAGACGACACUGACGACUCAGACCCGGAAAACUAUAUCAAUGUGUCGAAUAGAGUACUCCACAGAGGAUCGAAAACUGUCUCUGUAGCCUUUGAAGGUAAACCAGUUGAGGCAUUCCAAGGCUCUCAAGAAAACACAAUUCGUGAAGAAGCGGAGGGUGAUAUGGGCAGCACUGAAUCGUUCUUGCAAUCAUGUAACCUUGUCAAAGAUAGGACAACAGGCGGUCAUGAUGAUCUAUGCUGCGAUCAGGCUGAUGUCCUUCCAGACACCCUUAAACACACCGAUAGCCCAAUUAAUCCAGAUAGCCGUGACAGUAUAUGUAGCAGUUUCGAGACCAAUGAGGCGGUUCCUGCAAAACCAUCGGUGUCAAUCAAGAACUCCAUGGAAAGCAGAAAACCUGUGGAAAUACAAGACUGCACUAGGGUAUCUGCAAAUGUCGAGUCGGGUAGCAAAGCUCAGACACGUACCCGUCAGUGCGACAAUGAGGGUGUGGAUUGUUUAGAACAACGCCUUGAUUUUCAUGAAGCAUCUACGACAGAAUGCACGUUACCAGAAUCAAGUAAUAGUAAAGAAAAGCCUCCUAAGCCUGCUCGUAGGAAACCACACCUCCUUCUACCAGGCAAUUCUAAAGUAACCCAGCACGACAAAGAGACACGAAAAGGUGAUUUUAUCUGCAAAGACAAGCCCCAAACUAAACCAACAGAGCAAUGUAUGGCACCGAAUAACACGCACAUGUCUUUCGGCAAUCAGCAAGAAGAGUCAAAACUGGUCAAAGAUCCGGAACUGAUCAGCGAUGCGAACGAUUCUCCCCAAAAACCAGAAAGGAGAGGGGUUGAAGGAACAUCACUGAUACACAAAAUGGAAAAGGCUCCUAAUCACACAAAUGACAUCGAUACUGAUAACUUUAACACAACGCAACCUAUGAAGGAAAGAUGCUUAACACGAAUGGAGGAUACACCGGAUCAGGAACAGGGAGGUGUCCCGAGUAUUACACCUUCUGAACCAAGUAAACCUUUCCUGGGUAGAUCAUCCACCCUUACCAAUGGUUCCCAAGGAUUGCAAUCGGGUGAAGCUGAGAAUACGUUAAGCCCCCAUAAUGUGAACGGAAGCAAUAAGAGCACAACACCAUCGGAGAAUUAUGAUGAACCUCGACAUAUUCUAAACCAAGGGGGUUCAUUACGAGGGAAAGUACAGCAAGAGCACACGUAUGCAUCAAUCCCGGAAGUCCAAAGUGCAGGGAAACCUGUUGUCCCGUUUAAACCAAAAUUACCACUUGGUUCGGAUUUAGCCCCAACUACCCAGGAUCCUUCAAAAAGUUUACCGAGCUUAAAUGCGCCAUCGGGAACAGAAGAUAGACCACUACAGUUAACAAAAACCGCACUGGAAGCAGACAUUGAACCUUCUGAAUCAGACAUCGAUAAGACAAAGGAGUCUUCUUCCCAACUUUCACCAAAUCCCCUGUCAGUUGCACAUGGAUCAUCCGAACCCGGAAGCACCCCGACGCAGGUAGCUGGUAAUUUGUCUACUCGUCGGAAGACAAAACCACCGCAACAAGCGACGGGCAAUGGUUCCAAACAUUUUGGAUCUCUUCUGAGGAAGACCGCUCCAUCGACUCCUGGAUCCACUAUGAACAAACAAGGAUCCUCGUUCCAAAGUAAUAAAGGACUGAGUGAAGACAUCCUUCGAGCAUUGGCGGGAGACGUCACGGAUGGUCAGAAACUCCAGGCACUUGGGCUUGAACUUGGCUUUAAAGAAGCCGACAUUAAUGGAUUUGAAGCCAUGAACCAUCGCACAUGCAGCGAUCCCGUGGAAGGCACACUUGACAUGCUUAUGACGUGGCAAUCAAGAGUUUCGCAAGAGGACCAAUUGGCAUUGUUGAAACACGCUCUCAGGAGGACUGGUCUUACAAUGGCUGAAGCACAUCUGAGGUCCACAAAGAGGCGCAGAGAUAUAACAGGCGUUAGCGUGACAAAGAAUUUCACCGUGUCGGAUUGCCGCGAGAAGCUACAAUUCCAUUACAGGAUUGAGACUUGCAAGGGUCUAAAGAAACACGAACAUUUUCCCUCCUAUCUCCCAAUCGUAGAUGUUCAUCGGAUCGUAAAGCGGGGGAAGAAUGUGUAUGUGGAGAAGACACCUCUGAAAGAUGGGUCUGUCAAAGAAAUUUUAAGGACAAGGAAAGAUGGUGCAUUGCCGAGCAGGAUUGUAAUCUUUGGCCCAUCAGGAAUAGGGAAAAGUACACUUGUUGCUCAGAUGGCACAUGAUUGGGCUGAACGAGUUCCUGGAUCCCCGCUGAACGAUGUCCUUCUGCUAUUCGUCCUCAAGAUGAAGUUCAUGACUAAUCAUGGAACCUUAGGGCAGGCGAUCGUUAAUCAACUCCUAAGCGACGUCAGAGGAUUGACCGCUCAGGGAAUCGACCAACUCAUCGAGGACAACCAAACGGAAUGCAUGGUGGUCCUUGAUGGUCUGGACGAGUUUAGAGGCGAGGUUUCUUCUGUCAGGUGUGGUCAUGUUUUGCGCGUUCUCCAGAACAUCCAACUGCGGACGUGCCGCGUCGUUGUGACUAGCCAUACAAGACUCGAAGACUACUUCAAUAAGGAAGACUUGCCAAAAGACUUUCUCAAGUUUGAACUCCGUGGACUUUCCCAUGUGCAAUCAACAUCAUUCAUACGGUCUUUCUUCGAGCAAAACUCAUUGCACAGAGCCAAAGAGAUGAUAGUAUUUCUAGAGAUGAAUGACAUCAUCCGAGAACUUUUGGCCACACCCCUAUUUUGUAUCAUUGCGUGUCACCUCUGGGAAAGUAAUCUUCUUCAGCUUGUCACAACGGAGUCAGAAUUCUAUGAUAGUGUGAAUCGUUUCUUACUCAAGCAAAAGGAAGAACAGGCGUCGAUGGUUCCCGGAGACACUGAUCUGGAAAUAAUUGUCCAAGGCAUAGGGGAAGUUGCGCUCAAUGGUCUCCUUGAUGACCCAAGGAAACGAUUCUUCGGACAAAAUGACUUCAAGAAGAUACCGUCCGCCCUAGAGAAGGCUACUUCGAUUGGAAUCCUCAAUAAGACAUCCCCCAAGAAACGUGAUGAGACUGAAAUUGAGUUCUAUCAUCGCCACGCGCAGGUGCACUGCGCGGCUAGGUAUCUCUCCAAAGACGUGACCUCGAAAUCAAUCAAGGGAAAGCAGAGUCGUCUAGAGAAGGCUUUGAAGCAGAUGGCAAAGAAGAACCUGGUGGAAUUCGGGAGCUUACUACGGUUUACAGCAGAGUUAGGAAGCCCUUCAACCAGACUGCAGGUGAUUGAAGCCAUCACUUCUGCGGAUAAUAUACCAAUAGGUGACAAGACUAGAAUGGUACUCGAUUGCCUUUCAGAGAUUCCUCAACUGGACAAGCCAACAAUGUACGUGGUCGAACGAUGUUUCGAAGGAGGCAACGUUGUAAUAAAUCUUCCAACCCUACACACUACCUUGGGCCUCUACAAACUCCAUCCAUCUAUAAAAGAAAAGAUACGUGGCUUGAAGAUUCAAGGUUCCUUCAUGGCUGACCUUGUGGCUAAGAGGUUAUCAACGGCUCUCCAAGGUUGUUCUGACCUACUGAAGCUCGAGUUUGCUGAUUUGCAGAAUGCAGCAUAUCCUCUGAUCCUGCUCCUGCUAAACAAGCUCUCACUUCAUCUCUUCCCCGAUGGUGCCAUGUCAAUUCUUCCCGACCUCCAUCAGACUAUAUUCAAUGGACUGCGGAUUGUCGACCUCUCGGAUUGCAAUCUAUCACCAGAAGUGACCUGUGUCCUGUGGACUGCUCUAGCAAGAUGCCCAAAGAUUGAGCUGAUGUCUGUAAAGAACUCCACGAUCCUCGGCAAAGACCUCCCCAAUCUCGGUUGCAUCGCGGACCUCCAGGCGAAUCUCCGCUCACCCAUCCUCCAGGACGAAGUUGGCUGGCUGGCAAGUGUCUUAGGGGACACUGAGUGCUCUACGAAGGUGAAACUGACCAUCGGCGACGCAGGAGACGGAUCCUUACGGCGUGUGGGACUUGGGACCCAAGAGCACAUAGUGAUGGCUGGUGACAGAUUGGAACUCAAUAACGCAACAGAAAAUACCCUCAAGGUUCUCAGUGUGCUACCCGACACGUACAGAAGAAAGGUCAGGAAACUCUGUAUCAGUGGAACACGCUUCACCUAUGACCUGACCCAUCCACUUCUUGACUUUGUCCAUUCCUUGAUACGACUUGAGGUCAUCGCCACGGAGGGAACGAACAUUCCUGGGGAACUCCAACAGCUCCAAGUCUUCAAGGGGUCAUCCCAUAGAGACAUGAACCAACUGCCAAGCUUAGGUCCGGACGGUAUCCUGACUGGAUGCGUAUCGUCCCCUCUUCGGGAAGAAGAAUUCGAACGGCUUAGUAGUGUCUUCAACUUCAGCAGAACGACGACCCUUAAACAGGUCCAUCUCCUGAUCGAGCACGACAGCAGCUCUGAGGAGUUUAGGGAGACGCUUGUCAUCGAAGAAGACAACAUAGACCUCUCAAACGUGUCAUCGGCAACCAUUGAAAUCCUGAAGAUGCUUCCGCCGGGGUUUAAGCAAAAGAUGCACUCCGCACGAAUCAAGAACUGCACCCUGACAGACGAGCUUACGCACCAGUUGUCUCAGGCACUCCAGUCGAUGAUAGAACUAGAGAUGUGUCUGUCUGAGAACAGUAUCCUUGGACGAAAAGCCUUCCACUUGAAAUCUGUCACGGUACUUGACGUUGGCCGUUUCUCGUCGCAAUGUUUCGACUGGGAGUGGCUUGCCAGUGCAAAGCUGCUCGAAGAACUGCACCUCACCUUCGAAGCAUCCCCGCCAUCCACGCCCACAUCCCCUUCCACUCCGGGUACACCGGUAGCAGCGACCUCCCCACUGUCUGCGAAGAACCGGAUCUACGAAGAAAUCCACGAAAGAAUGGACACUGCUGACGUUGAGGGCGCUCCAGAUGAGGACUUCUUUCUGACAACCGGAAGGCUGGUAAUGAAGAGGAUGUCUUCCUGUAGCUUGUCUGUGAUGCUGCAUCUACCACAACACAUGAAAGAUGAGUUGCGUUUCGUGCGGAUUCGUUCAACGAAGCUCACCGUGGAUGUCCUCAAUCGUCUUUCCGAUGUCCGGAACUCCUUCAAACAUCUGAAGCCGCUUUCGCUUCAAAACCUGUAUCGCAGGCCGAUCAAGUACGGAUGCAUCAUGCAACCAGGUUCAUCUGACCCUGUCCUUGGCCAGUGGGACUGAAAAGGACCCCAUUUGAAAUCAAGAGGAAUCUACAAAAUAGCACUUGUCUCUGAAGUCCGGAGCUCCUCCAAAGUUUUUCAGCUGCUAUCGCUUCAGAACCUGCAUCGCAGGCUAAUCAAGU